UCAGCCAAGGACUGGAGCCGAUUGGCCUCCACGGGGCCUGUGCCCGGAGCGUGAGGAGCAGUGACUCUAUUACCUUCUACGCUCACGUUUUAGUAUGGAUUCUGGACGGAGCUCAGCACCAUCGAUCACGGUGUCUGCCUGACUUGGCCAGACUCUGCUGACGUCGCUGAAUUGGGGCUUUAAUUUCAGUGAAGUGGGCACAGCGGAUGCAGAUUAAUUUGCUUUCUCUGUCUAAGGGCUUCUGUGUUGACUCUCCUAUUCUUAGACAGUUCUGGGUGUCUGUUAUAUGCUGCCGGAGGGUCCUCUUCACUUCAUCCGUCGGUACAUCUGGUACAGCCCUGCGACAUUUGUACUCCCCGAUGGACUGGUUCGCUUGGUUAAUAAGCAGAUGAACUGGCAUUUAGUACUGGCAAGCAAUGGUAAGCUGUUGGCCGCUGUUCAGGACCAGUGCGUGGAGAUCAGGUCUGCAAAGGAUGAUUUUACAUCUGUCAUUGGAAAAUGCCAAGUUCCCAAGGAUCCCAGCCCUCAGUGGAGACGGGUGGCCUGGAGUCACGACUGCACCCUGCUGGCUUAUGCCGAGAGCGUGGGCACCGUGAGGGUGUUUGACCUCGUGGGCAGCGAGCUCUUCUCCAUCCCCCCGGCGUCCAGUUUUCCCAGAGACCUCAGCUAUGCCAUUGCAGGGUUGAUAUUUUUAGAAUACAAGGCGAGUGCCCAGUGGUCCGCGGAACUCCUGGUCGUUAAUUACCGGGGAGAGCUGAGAAGUUACCUCGUGAGUGUUGGCACCAAUCAGAGCUACCAGGAGAGCCACAGUUUUAGUUUCAGUGGUCACUAUCCCCAUGGAGUCAACACUGUGAUUUACCAUCCAGGUCACAGGCUUUUGCUGGUGGGCGGCUGUGAAACCGAUGAAGCGAGCACCCCGACAGCCCGGGCCUGGGGUCUCUCUGCUUGGAGAGUCUUGUCCGGAUCGCCCUAUUACAAGCCGGUCAGCAGCAACGGGGAUGGCCUUGCCGUGGUGCCAAAGAGACUGGGACUGUUGAGGAUUUUUAAUGUGAAGCUUUACAGCCGACAGGGUCAAGAGCAGGAUGGGGUCUACAAGAUGAGCCUCUCUCCCAAUGGGACGAUUCUGGCCACCAUUCACUUCUCAGGAAAGCUGAGUUUCUGGACCAUCCCAUCUCUCACACUGCUGGGGGAAUGGCGUCAAGAGGAGCAGCCAGGUUAUGAUGCAAUCAACCCCAAUUGGAGGCUCUCCACUGAGAAAAGGAAAAAAAUAAAAGAUAAAGAGUCCUUCUAUCCACUGAUAGAUGUCAGUUGGUGGGCUGGCAACGCUGUGACCUUGGCUCGCUGCUCGGGGGCUUUGACCGUCUCCUCUGUGAAAACCCUGAAAAAUUUGCUGGGGAAGUCCUGUGAAUGGUUUGAACCCUCCCCUCAGGUCACCGCUGCUCACGAUGGAGGAUUUUUGAGCUUGGAGUGUGAGAUAAGGCUGGCUCCAAAGAGAUCCCGUUUGGACACCCGGCCAGAGGAGGAAGAGGACGGAGACGAGGACUCCGACUCAGAGGAUGAAAUGUCUGCCAAGGCUCGGUACUUCGGCUAUGUCAAGCAAGGCCUCUACUUUGUGACCGAGAUGGAGCGCUUUGCUCCACCCCGAAAGCGCCCUCGGACCGUCACCAAGAACUACCGCCUGGUGAGCCUGAGGUCCACCACUCCCGAGGAGCUCUACCAGCGCAAGAUUGAGAAUGAAGAAUACCACGAAGCCUUGUCUCUGGCUCAGACCUACGGGCUGGACACUGACCUCGUCUAUCAGAGGCAGUGGAGGAAGUCUGCUGUCAACAUUGCUUCCAUUCAGGACUACUUGAGUAAGAUUAAGAAGCGCGCUUGGGUUCUUCAUGAAUGCUUGGAAAGAGUCCCCGAGAAUGUCGAGGCAGCGAAGGAGUUACUUCAGUAUGGCUUGAAGGGCACAGACCUGGAGGCCCUUCUGGCCAUCGGGAAAGGAGAGGACGACGGCAGAUUUAUCUUGCCUGGGGGGGUCGACAUUGCUGAGGUACCUUAUGAGGAUCUUUUGUCACCUGCUGAAGAUGUUGAAAACACAGAGGAGAGAGGGCCCAAGAGGAGAACAGAGCUCCUGCAGCUAGUCAACUUUUCACAGUUGACGUUGGAGCAGAAGGAGCUGUGCCGGUGCAGACUGAAGCUAUUGACCUACCUGGACCGGCUGGCGACGUACGAGGAAAUCCUUGGAGUGCCUCAUGCAGCCGAGCAGAGAUAUGAUGCUGAAUUCUUUAAGAAGUUCAGAAAUCAGAAUAUUGUUCUCUCAGCGAGAACCUAUGCCCGGGAGAGUAACGUCCAGGCCCUGGCCAUCCUGUUCACGUACCACGGCGCGGAGCUGCUGGCCCAUCGCCUCGCUAUCCUCUCCAAUUUCCCAGAGACCACGUCUCCGCACGAGUAUGCAGCCCUGCUCCCAGAAGCUUGUUUUACUGCUGGUUCCUUGACCAUCAUUCCGUGGAAUGAACAGAAACAUCGUGAUAAGGACUGGUGUGAGGAGUCAGAAUGCAGAAUGGCGGUGGAGCCGAAUCUCCAGGAUGAAGGUGGAUUCUUGUACGAAGCCCAGCCCGAGUUAUUAAAGUACCGCACCGCCCACCUUUCCAUCGAUCUGGUCACCAAAUGGUACUGCGCCCGAGGAGAGGACAUUGAGCACUACGCCCGGCAGGUGGACUGUGCCCUGUCCCUCAUCCGCCUUGGGAUGGAGAGGAGCAUUCCUGGUCUGCUGCGCCUCUGUGACGAUCUGGUUACCCUGGAGACCUUAGUGUACGAAGCAGGCUGUGACCUCACCCUGACCUUGAAGGACCUCCAGCAGAUGAAGCCCAUUGACCAGCUGCGGCUGUUGAUGGAGAGGUCUUCGGAGGAGAAGUAUGUGACCAAUGCCUACCAGUGGAUGGUGCCCCUCCUGCACCGGUGGGAGAAGCAGUCCCCAGGCGCAGCGAGCCAGCUGCUCAGAGACUAUUUGGUGACCUUGGCCACGGGGGACCUCAGGUUCCCCCUGAAGAUAUUCCAGCAUUCCAAACCGGAUCUUCAGCAGAAAAUCAUCCCGGACCAGGAUCAGCUGAUGGAGGUCGCCCUGGAGUGCAUCUAUAAUUGUGAGCGGGAUGACCAGCUCUCUUGUUGCUAUGAUAUUUUAGAGUGCCUUCCUCAGAGAGGAUAUGGUCCUAAGACUCUGGCGACAGCUGCUCUUCACGACAGGGUGGACCAGCUGGAGCAGAUCCUCAGCGUGUCUGAACUCCUGGAGAAGCAUGGGCUGCAGAAACCCGUUUCAUUUGUGAAGAACACCCAGGCGCACACGGAGGAGGCCCGAAAGCUGAUGAUCAGACUGACCAGGCACACGGGACGGAAACAGCCCCCGGUCAGUGAGUCUCACUGGAAGAUGCUGCUGCAGGAUAUGUUGGCUAUGCAGCGGACGGUCUACACGUGCUUGGAACCAGAAGCUUGUUACGAGAUCUUCACAGAAAGCCUCCUGUGCUCCGGUCGCCUGGACACGCUCCACCUGGCAGGCCAGAUGAUGCAGUGCAGUGCUGGUGUGAGUGGCCCCCCGGGGAGCGGGCCCCACAAAGGGAAGGCUCCCUUCAGGGUCAGCUACGAGAAGAGCGUGGCCUUGGUGCUGGCUGCCAGCCGAGAGUACUUCAACUCCUCCACCAACCUCGCCGACGGCUGCAUGGACUUGGCGAGGUCUUGCUUGCAGCUGAUCACGGAUUGUCCCCGGGCUGUUCAGGAGGAGCUUGAUCUCAUUCGCGCCCUUGGGUACCUUGAGGAGUUUGGGGUGAAGAGCCUUCCUUUGCAAGUGCGUCUGUGCCCGGAUCGUCUCAGCAUCAUCGAGGAGUGCAUCGCCCAGGCCCCGACCUGCUACAAGCAGUCCGCCAAACUACUGGGACUGGCCAGCCUGCUGCAGGUAGCAGGUGAGGACCAUGAAGAAAGGAAGGGACAGGUUUUGGUGCUUUUGGUCCAACAGGCUCUUCAUUUCCAGGACUGCAAAGCCGCAAGCAUGCACUGUCAGGAGCUGAUGGCCACAGGCUACUCUCCGAGCUGGGAUGUCUGUAGCCAGCUGGGACAGUGUGAAAGCUUCCAGGACUUGGCUGCUCGCCAGGAACUCAUGGCUUUUGCCCUGACACAUUGUCCUCCCAGUUCCAUCGAGUGUCUUCUGGCAGCAAGCAGUUCUCUCCAGACAGAAAUUCUGUAUCAGAGAGUGAAUUUCCAGAUGUACCCAUCAGAAGGAGGAGAAAAUCCCCAUGUUUCCAUCUUACCGGUGCAGUGUCUCAACAAGGGGCCUCUGGAGGACGAAGCCGGCAUCCCAACCAGCCACUCGGGAGAUCUGCUGCAUUGGACCACAGCCACCACCAUGAAGGUCUUCUCGAACACGAGCACCACCACCAAAGCCAUGCUGCAUGCUGUCAGUGAUGGGCAGUGGUGGAAGAAGUCCUUGGCCUACCUCCGACCCUUGCACGGCCAAGACUUCUGUGAUGUUUAUGGCCGGGGAGCGGGAUCCAACGCAGGCCUGGAGAGGCAGGGCUGCCAUCCGUUUUACGAGUCCCUCCUGGCCAAUCCCUUUGUCUCCGAGUCUGAAGCGACCUAUACUGCGUACCAGCACGUUGCGACAGAGAGCUUUGCGGAGGUCUUGCUGCGAACGGGGAAAUUAGCAGAAACCAAGAGUGGAGGCGGCGGAGGAUUUCCAACCACAGAAGUUCUCCUGCAGCUGGCCAGCGACGCUUUGCCGCAUGACGUGACCUUGGCCUUGGCUUACCUGCUCGCCCUGCCACAGGUGGUCGACGCCAAUAAGUGCUUUGAGAGGCAGGCGCAGUCAGCCUUGUGUCUCCAGCUGGCGGCUUACUAUUACAGCCUGCAGAUCUACUCACAUUUGGUGCCCUGUUUCCAGGACAGAUGCCAUCCGCUGUACCGGGCUGAUCCCAGUGAGCUCGUCCAGUUGGUCACCGAGCACGUCUCUCACCCGGAUGGCCGGGCCUGGUCCGAAGACGUCGGGGUGCUGGUCCAGCACCUGGGCUUCUACCAUGAGCGACUCCAGGAUCUCACCCAGGCCCAGCUGCUCCAGGGACUGCGCAAGGGCGUGGACGUGCCCCGCUUCACUGCGGAUGACCGGUACAAGAGAGAGACAAUCCUCGGGCUGACCGAGACGCUCGAGAACAACGUCUACAACAUCGCCCUUUCCUUGGCCGAGCGGUACAGUGUGCCAUGUUGGGAGGUUUACAUGACCCACCUGGAGUUUCUGUUCACCGACUGUAGCUUGUCUACCGCAGAGAUAGAAGGCAGAGCCCAAGCUCUGGGGCUCCUCGAGGCCUUGAAAGCCAACCCUGACCUCUUUCAUGAACGCAUGGCCAAGUACGUUUACCCCGGGAUCGGAGGCACCGAUCAUGAAAGGCUGCUGUACUUCUUCAGCCUGCUGGCGAGCUGCGGCUGCCUGCGAUUUGGGAAGCGGGCCAUCGCGCCCGACACGCACGUUCGGCUGCUGAAGAAACUGAAGGUAGUGGCGUCAGGUCUGAAUUACAAGAAGCUGACCGAUGAAAAUGCCAGUCCUCUGGACGCGUUGGAGCCCGUCCUCACCAGUCAGAAUAUUCUCUCCAUAUCCAAGCUGGCUUCCAAAAUCCCCAAACCGGAUGGGUCUGUGCUCUCCCCCAGCUCCCUCUACACCGUCUGGCUGCAGAAACUGUUUUGGAGGGGCGACCCCCAACUCGUUAAGAAAGCCCCGGACUCCGUACCAGAAUGGCUCCAUGCCUAUGACACGUGCGCCAAGUACUUUGAUCGUCUCCACCCAGGCGACCUCCUCACUGUAUUGGACGCGAUGACGUUUUCUCCAGAGGCCAUGACCAAGCUGACCGUGGAGGCCCGUACAGAGAUGACAAGGAAGGCUAUUGCCACUGUCAAACAUUUUAUUGAGAAGCGCAGGAAGAGAAAUGUGGACCAGGAUUCAGAGGAGCCUGCCGCUUCCCCCGUCCCUUACGAGGAUGCCCUGAGACACCUGAAGCAGUCCCUGGCUCACCUGGAGACGCUCCAGCACAGCUUCAUCGCUUCCCUGAAGAACAGUGAGCAGGACAAGUUCCGGCACUAUGCUGACCUCUAUGACCUCUCGCGGUCCGAGAAGGCCAAGAUCCAGGAGCAGGCCAUCACCAUGUGUCUGGAUGGGCAGCCGCUGGCCAUGGUGCAGCAGCUGUUGGAGGUGGCUGUGGGCCCCUUGGACCUUUCCACCAAGGCAGUCGUCCACGGCGCGGUCAUGCGUGUGCUCUCUUUGUUGAGUGGGAGUAGCCCUGACCUGCCCGUGCCUGGGGACCCACUCCAGGUCCUGGAGAGCAUCAUUUCGUCGGUGCACGCAAGCGUGGAAAAGGGGGAAAGGCUCCUUUCAUCCGAUGACUUGCUGGAGUGGUUCCGGCCCUUCUGUGCGGAUGACGCCUUGCCCAUCAAGCCGCGGGUCCGGGUCUUGCAGAGCGUGGAGCGCUCCUUCCAUCUCACGGAUGAGGAUAGGAAGCUGCUGGUGUUCUUCCGGACAGAAGCCAUUCUCAAGGCCAUGUGGCCGCAGACACAGGUGACCAUUGCUGACAUUGAGAAUGAGGAGAGACGCUCCACUCUCUUUUUGGGGCUCCUGGAGGCCAGUCGUCAGCAGGUGGAAUUUCAGCACCUGGCUUUGCUCUUGCAAGCUUGGCCCCCCCACGGGAGCAGCGAGGCCGAUAAUCCCUGGAUGAAGCUCGCCACAGUGAUGUUGUCCAGGUGCGCAGAUGGGAACAAGGAUGCCCUGGGCCAGGACGUGUUGAGGCUCUGCCGCUCUCUGUACCACACCCCGCAGAGCCUUCCCCUGGAGUGUGUGAAGGAGCUGGCCGUGCUGCUGCUUAGCCAAUCCCUCCUACUCCCGGCCCUGAAGCUGCUGGUGGAAAGCCAGGAUGCCGCUCUCCAAGCCCUGGCACUGGAGCAGAUCGAGGCUGUGUCCCAGGUGGAUGACUCCAGCUGUGACCCCGAGCUACUCUCCAUACUCCUGGAUGCCAAGUUGGUGGCAAGAUGUAUUUCCACUCCUUUUUAUCCUCAUCUCAUCAACCACCUCUUGGCCCACCAGAAGGAAGGUCCUUGGUCUGUGGAUGAGAUAGCCUGUCAACUGCGGGAGGCUGGCCACAGCGUGGAGGCUGGCUCGCUGCUACUGGCAUCGCGGGGGAUCUAUGGUGCUCUUUGCACCUUCAAUGCUGCCCUUGGUGCUGCUCGGCUCUGGAUAUGAAGUCUUCCCUCCAGGGCUGAUGCCCACCCACAGCAAGUGGAACACUUUUCCGCUGAGACAAAUCCUAUUGCCAGAAACUGUGUAAUCCUGUUAAUUGUCCUGUGCCCUCCCAUCUCCCCCCCGUCCCUGAAAAUAAAGCCGUAUGUCCCCAGCAAGCCUGGGAUGUUAC